AAUUUCCAAACAGAGUCUUUCAAAACCAUAAAUCAAUUUAUAUUCAAUUUCUUUCUUCUUUAAAGUAAUGCACUUGCUUUCAUAGUUGCCUCAUCACGCAGAAACGCCAAAGGGAAACAGUCAUCCAGUUUUUCCUCUGCUGAUUGUAAAGAAAUUUCUCUCUUUUCUUUGUUGGGUCUUUGCUUUCUUCACCCUCUUUCUUCCUGCUCCUGUUGCUCUUGGGUUCUUUAUAUUCAAUAUUUUCCUCUCUUUCUCUCCGUGCAGCUCAACUUUACAAGCUCACUUGUAAAAUUAGCCUUUGGUUGUAAGACUUGCUAUCCUAUAUAGUCAUCAUACUCACACAUCGAAAUUCUGGAAUAUCAACAUUUUUCCUAGUUUCUUGAUCACUACAGCACCCGUUUGUAGUUCUUCAUUUCCAUCUCAAGAGGGAGUUCAUUCAAGUAGGAGUGAUUGUAUCCUUGUGGUGUACGUUAUGGAUUUGAAAACCUUCUAUUCAAAUUCAAACUAUUUUGUCCAAAAGAGUGCCCCCACAGAAUGGACUAGAGAAGAUAAUGAGAAGUUUGAAAGCGCCGUUUCCAUAUAUGAUAAGGAUACACCAGAUAGAUGGCUGAAAGUGGCAGCCAUGAUUCCUGGGAAGACUGUGUUUGAUGUUAUCAAAAAGUUCAAGGAAUUGGAAGAUAUCCUUGGCAUAGAAGCAGGGCAUGUUCCCAUUCCUGCAACUGUUAGGGUCAGGGGUCCUAAUCAUGUGAGGAAGAAAGGGGUCCCCUGGACCGAAGAGGAACACAGAGGCUUUCUGAUGGGACUUCAAAAGUAUGGUAUAGGGGAUUGGAGAAACAUCGCUCGCAAUUUUGUUCUUACAAAGACUCCAACCCAAGUAGCUAGUCAUGCCCGGAAGUACUAUAAAAAGCAAAAGGUUUCUGGAGAUAAAGAUAGAAGGAGCAUCCAUGAUAUAACCACUGUUAAUAAUGGAUCACUCAGGGUUUUCAUUCAAUCCAAACUGUGAUGACUUUCUGAUGAAGUACUAGUAAUUGUGCUCUAUUGUACCAAGUAUAUUAAUAAAACAUGCAAUUCCAUUCAAA